AAAGACAAAGACAAAGACAAAGACAAAUGAAUAGGAUGAGUUUCCUCUUCCUGUUCUUGUUCGUAUUACUGAUCUCAUCUUUCAAUGUUUCUCAUGCCAGGACCAGUACAAGCUCUUCGGUACUCCAACUCAACCCAUUCACGCCCAGAGCCGCCCUGAUCCGCUACUGGAACAAGCAAAUCUCCAACAACCUCCCCAAACCACUUUUCCUUCUCUCCAAAGCGUCCCCACUCAACGCGGCCAACGCCGCCGUUUUCACCAAACUCGCCACCCAAAACUCCCUCUCUUCACACCUCUACUCCUUCUGUUCUUUAGCCAACCUGUUCUGUUCCUUCGAAGACUCCACCCCAUACCUGAACAAGCACGACGACGGCAGAGACGCCAACUUCGCCGUCUACUCCAACAACCGCUUCGCCAACUACGGCUCGUCCCGGCAAGGCGGGGUUGACUCGUUCAAGAACUACUCGGAAGGCUUGAACAACCCGAGCGACUCGUUCAAGAAGUACAGCGGAGCCGCAACUGGCCACAGCGAAGGGUUCACGAACUACGCGAACGAAGCAAACGUUGCUGACUCCAACUUCACCAGCUACGGCGCCGGUGCCACUGGCGGGUCCGGGGAGUUCAUGAACUACGACAAGCUCGUCAACGUCCCCAACCUCCGGUUCACCUCCUAUGACUCUGACGCUAACAACCACAAACUCUCUUUCUCAAGCUAUAGCGACGAAACCAACUCGGGUUCCCAAGCAUUCUUAAACUACGGCAAGAACGGAAACGGUGGCCCUAGCGAGUUCAACAGCUACGGUGACAAUUCUAACACUAUUGGUUCGGGAUUCACUGGCUACGGCGAGUCAGGUAAUGGAGCAAACGACUCGUUUAAAGCAUACGGUCAGUCGGGCAAUAACCCACGUAACAAUUUCAAGAGCUAUGGCGGUGUAGGGAACGCGGGGAUCGAUAGCUUCUCAAACUACAGAAAUGGAGCAAACGUGGGUGCCGAUUCUUUCCAAUCUUACGCUAAGAAUUCCAACUCUGGGAAAGUGAGUUUUGCAAGCUAUGGAAAAUCGUUCAACCAUGGAAACGACACGUUCAAAGAGUACGGCAAAGGAUCAUUGGGUCAGACCACGGUAGGGUUCCGAUCUUAUAGCAUGGAUCGUACAUUCAAAGAAUAUACCAAUAAGGGUGUCACAUUUUCUGAGUACAGCAAUAUCACCGCCGUAUCAGAAGGGUCUUUGCCUAAGAGUGGCAGUUCUGUAAAUAGAUGGGUAGAACCCGGCAAGUUUUUCCGGGAGGCUACUUUGAAGGAAGGGAAUGUUAUGGUGAUGCCCGACAUUAGGGACAGAAUGCCCAGAAGGUCGUUUUUGCCACCGUGGAUUUUGUCGAAACUACCAUUCUCGAGCAUGCGACUGUCGGAGCUCAAGGAAAUUUUCCACGCGCGAGAGAGUUCUGCAAUGGAGCGCGUGCUCCUAAACGCGCUGGCUGAGUGCGAGAGGGCUCCGAGCCAGGGUGAGAACAAGCGGUGCGUGGGCUCGGUGGAGGGCAUGAUCGACUUCGCCGUCUCUGUCCUGGGCCACAAUGUGGUCGUGAGGACCACAGAAAACGUGAGCGGGUCAAAGCAAAAGGUGAUGAUCGGGACGGUCAAAGGGAUCAACGGCGGAAGAGUGACAAAAUCGGUGUCAUGCCACCAGAGUCUGUACCCUUACCUACUGUAUUAUUGUCACUCUGUGCCGAAAGUUAGGGUGUAUGAGGCUGAUAUUCUUGAUGUGGAGAGCAAGGCCAAGAUCAACCAUGGUGUCGCCAUCUGUCAUAUUGACACAUCAACUUGGGGCCCAGAGCACGGGGCUUUCGUGGCACUGGGGUCCAGCCCUGGACAAAUUGAAGUGUGCCACUGGAUCUUUGAGAACGACAUGACGUGGGCGGUUGCUGAUUGAGAAGUGAGAACCAAUUGCUUCAUCAAUUUCAUCACGUUUCAUAUAAGUCGAUGAUGGCAUUAUUCUCAUGAACCAUUGGUGAUAUCUUAAGUAUGGUAAUGUCAUUCUAUAUAAAAAAAAAGAAAGUAUGGUAAUGUCAUAAUUACCUUUUACAUGUACGUGUGUACAAGGUUGUGGUGCUAGAUUACAAUAAUUUUCUUAUAAACUAUGCGACUCGUAAAAUAAUUAAGACAAAAUUAAAUGAAAGAAUGGUACUCAUUUUAAUAAUUAUGGACCAACCCGUUAGUUUGU